AGUAGAAAGAGCAAUUGAGUCUAAAUAAAUGUCCUUUAGAUGAAAGUAUGACGAUUUUAGAAAAAUUAAAAGAAGAUAAAUAAAAUCAUAUGAUAGAAUUAAUCGAGAACUAGACGUGACAGGUCGAAAGCAAUAAUAAUAUCCCUCCUCAAGCUAAUGUAAGUUGAAUAAUACCCAUGUUAAACAGAUUGAGUUGCACAAAUCACAUCAGAAAUUGCCAUGGGUCCAGACUCCCCUUUGUAGAGGGUAUUUGCUAUUUGGGAUGGAGGCUUCUUAAUUACGGGGACAAGCGCGUUUAUUAGCAGCUAGUUGCAAUGUAGAUAGAGCCGGGACAGAGUGAUUAAGACGACUUUAUUAAUUACGCCCCCUCUUCUUUUAUUAUUAAACCACAACUUAACUAAACAUUAAGGAAUUUAAACCCCUCCCUCACUCUCUCAUAAUCUCGAAACCAAGAAGAAAACUCCAUAUAAAAACCGGGGAAAGGAGCAGCUGGUAGAGAGGUUUCACGAGAAAGCCUGUCGUGAUUGGAUCCAUACAAAAUCUCCUCUCUCCCUCUCUCUCUCUGCUCAUUCCCCCUUUUCUCACUCACCCACAUUUCUUCUCCCUCUCUCACGCGGCGGAGUAAUUAAUAUCAGCGGCGACGGAGACCCAAACAGUGUGUGAGAUUGUGAGAGAGGUAGCUCGGAGAACCGGCGUUGGUCGGCAGCUCGAACUAAAGCUGAAAACAGGGGAGGGAACAAAACAAUAACUAAAAGAGUAAAGAGGAGUUUCCCCCCACCGCAAUCCAGGGCUUUGUUGCUUGCUUGCUUCUUUUGAUGGCACAAUCCCAUUUCCAAAUUUCCCCCUGAUUCUCCCCUUCUUCCUUUUUACCGUCGCUGCGCUGUCUCCUCCACCCACCAUUUUGUGGGUUUCAGCCAUUAUCGCUGAUUUCUUUAGGUACUGAUGUUGCCCUUCUUCUACUCCUAGUCUCCUACUCUACUCUGCCCUUGUAGUCUGUUACUGCGAGUUUUGGUGGGUUUGAUCUUGUUUUUGAGUUAAGUUUCUAGAGUUUCCUAAUUUGAGCUCUUGAGCACGAGUCCAGGCUUGAUUUCCUGUUCUUCUUGCUUUCCUUUCGCUUUGCAAUUUCCAGCUUUGUGGGCUUUCGCUGUGGAAUUUUACAGUGAAUAAAAAAGCUUCUCCUUUUGUUUUUCAAAACCCCAAUUGCUUUUGCUGUUCUUCGGAUCUACUGUCACUGGUUGGCAAUUUUGAUCUUCUGCUCAAGAUGGCACUUGCCAAAGCAUAAAAAGGGAAACUUUUUUGUCUGCUUAGUUGUGGGUUGUCUGGCUUAAUCUCUUAGCUCCAGCUAUUUGCAAGCAAUCAUUAGCUUGUUAGUGAGUUCUACUGAGCUUACUGAAUGAUUCUUCUUCUUCUACUGCUGCUCGCAGUCUAAUUUUUGCUUUAUCUGAACAGAUUUCAGAAGCAAGAUGUCUCGGCCUCUCCAUCGAGGCAUAUCAGGUGGGGUGCGGAUCUCAGGUAGCAACGAUGAUCUAUGGGACUCGCAAAUGAAAGACAAAACCGACAAAGAAAAAGAGGAUUAUUUGGACAAAACUCGUGCCUCUACUCCAGACAAUAGCUACCUAUCCCUGAGGUUUCCUUUUCGGGUAUUCUUCUCGGAAACUAGCUCACCUUCCAAAUAUGCUGCUACGGAGAACGGCUUACACUCUUCUGAUCCCUUUACCAUUGGAUCACCCAGAAGUAGGCAGAAACUAGCCAUGUUCCUUCUAAGGCUGAGCUUAGCUCUCAUUGUAAUUCUUGCUCUCACCGGUUCCUUUUGGUGGACAAUCUCCAUUUCCACGACCUCAAGAGGCCAAAUCAUUCACAAUUACAGGCGGCUCCAGGAGCAGCUUGUCUCCGAUUUGUGGGAUAUUGGGGAGCUCUCACUUGGUUCUUCCAAGACCAAAGAAGUGGACUUUUGUCCCGAGGAAGAAUCUGAGAAUUAUGUUCCUUGCUUCAAUGUUACGGAGAAUCUUGCAUUGGGUUACUCCAAAGGAGAUGAGAAUGAUCGUCAAUGUGGGAAAGGGUCAAGGCAGAAUUGCUUGGUGCUUCCGCCUUUGAACUAUCGGAUCCCUCUUAGGUGGCCUACUGGAAGAGAUGUUAUCUGGGUUUCUAAUGUUAAGAUCACUGCGCAAGAGGUGCUCUCGUCUGGUAGUUUUACUAAGCGGAUGAUGAUGCUAGAGGAAGAUCAGAUUUCUUUUCGUUCUGCAUCUCUUAUGUUUGACGGUGUUGAAGAUUAUUCCCAUCAAAUUGCUGAAAUGAUUGGCCUGAGAAAUGAAUCGAACUUCAUCCAGGCUGGGGUCAGGACGAUUCUUGAUAUAGGAUGUGGUUAUGGUAGUUUUGGAGCACAUCUCUUUUCCAAGCAGCUUUUAACUAUGUGCAUUGCUAAUUAUGAGGCGUCAGGCAGUCAAGUUCAGCUUACUCUUGAAAGAGGCCUUCCGGCAAUGAUUGGAUCCUUUACUUUGAAACAGUUGCCCUAUCCUUCUCUUUCAUUUGACAUGUUGCAUUGUGCAAGAUGCGGCAUCGAUUGGGACCAAAAAGAUGGUAUUUUCUUGGUCGAAGCUGAUCGCCUUUUAAGGCCAGGAGGGUAUUUUGUUUGGACUUCACCACUCACCAAUGCUCGCAAUAAGGAAAAUAUCAAAAGGUGGAACUUUAUUCGAGAUUUUGCCGAAAAUCUAUGUUGGAAGCUGGUGUCUCAAGAAGAAGAAACUGUUGUAUGGAGUAAGACCGACAAAAAGAGCUGUUACAGUUCCAGGAAGCCGGGUUCAGGCCCUUCUCUCUGCAGCAAAAGCCACGAUGUGGAGUCUCCCCAUUAUCGGCCUUUGCAAGCAUGCAUAGCUGGAACUCAGAGUCGUCGGUGGAUUCCCAUUAGAGAAAGGGCAACUUGGCCUUCUAGAUCUCACCUGAACAAGAAUGAGCUUGCAGCACAUGGAUCAAGCUUGGAGGACUUUGCUGAGGAUGGUGAGAGAUGGAAGGCAGCAGUCACAAAUUAUUGGUCUCUUCUCUCUCCUAUUAUUUUUUCGGAUCAUCCGAAGAGACCUGGUGAUGAAGAUCCUUCACCACCUUAUAACAUGCUCAGGAAUGUGCUCGAUAUGAAUGCCCAUUUUGGUGGUCUCAAUUCUGCACUGCUGGAGACGGGGAAGUCUGUCUGGGUUAUGAAUGUGGUUCCAACAAGCGGACCAAACUAUCUCCCUAUGAUACUCGACCGUGGCUUUGUUGGUGUAUUGCAUGAUUGGUGCGAGGCAUUCCCAACAUACCCCAGAAGUUAUGAUCUGGUGCAUGCCGACGGACUCUUGACCCUCGAAGCAAGUCAACAGCGGAGGUGCACCUUGCUCGAUUUAUUCCUCGAGAUUGAUCGGUUGCUUCGUCCAGAGGGUUGGGUGAUACUUCGAGAUUCAGCAGCACUUAUCGAAUCAUCAAGAGCUCUAACGGCGAAGUUGAAAUGGGAUGCCCGAGUUGUAGACAUCGAAAGCAAUAGCGAGGAGAAACUCCUCGUGUGCCAGAAACCUUUCAUAAAGAGGCAAGCUAGUCAGUCCUCCUGAAAGACCUGUAUCCAGUCAUUGGAGAAAAGAAGAUAGAAGAUCAUAAUACCCUAUUCAAUAUUCAUUUUGUCAUGCGUUACUUAUAUGGCCGUAAAAGCUCCCAUCACACAAAAAGGAGCAACCACAUGCAAGCAAAGAGAAAAAAAAGGAGAAAGCUUUGGACAGAAAGAAGGGAACCAGACAGCUACAGAAUGGUGGAUUCAACCACAUCAAAACUUAAAAGUACCUAUGGAGCCGCAAGGCUUUCCAUAGGGCCAGUGUAAUUACUUGAGAGCACCAGUCGUACCAAGUGAACGUGGGAAGUACAGCGAGUUGGAUUUCAAUUAUUAUUUCUUGUUUCCCAUUUGUGAUGUGAAGUUAUACCCACAUAUUACGAUCGUGAAGAUGAUCAGAAGAAAUAAGCAGAUUACUAUUUUGUUGUAUCAUAUGGAUUGGAAGAAAGACUUGGGAUCUCUGUUUCUUGAUUGUUACUAUUCAAUGGUUAAAGAGGCUGGUGGCACUUGUGUUAUAUAUAUGGCCUACAGUUCUGCAGGUGGGAAUUGCAGAAGAGACAGAGUUUUGUUUUCCAUGUGCCUGUGUAUUUUGACGUAGGUGAAGAAGUUAUAAUCCAUCUCUGGCUGGCCUACAAUACAACCUGAAGCAGAAAUUGCAGUAAGAAGGCGCAGUUUGCAGGUCUGUCAUUCUCUUAAAGUGGUCACUGAAAAGGGCAAUAUGUACCCUCCACCUUUUGGCCUUCUGGGACCUGAGCUGAGAUGACAUUAUUGGAGGCAGGCAGGCAGGCUAAUGUGUAUGUCCUAUUGAAAGUGAAAUAUAAAUCGUAGCGUAGG